AUGAAGAAAUUGCCCCGUAAACCCGUGGCGAAGCCACGGUCCCACACCGUCGACAUCCCCCAGGAGCUCAAGGCCUCGCUGCGCAAGUUCCGCUUCGCGCGACGCAACGCGGGGAGCGCCGCGCUCGUCGUGAAGAUCAACAAGCAGAAGCUUAUCAUGGAGGAGGUCGAGCAGUUUGACGAGAUCAGCAUCGACGACCUCGCCGAAGAGCUCCCGGAGAACGCGCCGCGAUACGUCCUGCUCUCGCAUGAGCUGAACCAUGACGAUGGCCGGAAGUCGUUCCCGCUCGUGCUCAUCAACUGGGCGCCGAGAUCAAGCGAGAUGAGCCUGUUGACGCUACACGCGAGCGCGUUCAUCGACUUCCAGAACACGGCGGACGUGAGCAAGGUGAUUGAGGUUCGCGACGGCGCAGAAGGCCUCACACAGGAGUCGGUUGACGCGAAACUGCUGCAUGGAUGA